AUGGCAAGAGCUGUCAAGAUAAAGAAUGGGCCGCGUCCCUUGAGAUCGCUCGAGUAUCCGCUCGGCUUGCCAACUCUCGAUGCAGCCGAAAAGCAGCAGGCCCUGCUGGGCAACACGCUUCUCGACAAGUCUGUGGAGGCAGCGCUCGCCGUCUUGGCCGAGGGCGGUGAUUUCUCUCUCGAGAACCCUGAAAGAAGCCUUCUCUGGAACAUGCCGUCCAUCCAGUUUCUCAAGAUCAUGUACCCAACGUUCGUUGUGUCUUUUGAUCAAUGCUGCUUUGGUUCUGUGCACCUUAAACCCACAACUUUGUUGACCUCUCAGGCCCUUUUGCAGGCCCUAAGCGCUCGCUGCAAAGGUGGGCACAAGCACGUCCCGCUCAAGGGCAAGGUCUGGAACAAGAAGGAUCGAAAGUGGGUCUUUCGCACCAAGGCAGCUCAAGUCUACCCCAAGCCGCUGUUCGAGGCGAUCGCCCAGAAGGUCUCCGGUGUCUUCUUCGAGGACUGCCCGCAGUUCGCGCAGUCUUUUCUUCUGCGCUCGGCGGACCGUAAACGUCCGCUCGGGAUGAGCGAAGCUUGGCUUCAGCAUAGACAGAAUCGAUCGGUCAUGCUAGCUCAAGCAGCGGGCUAUCAGCUCAAGCGCGGUGCAGUCAAGCCCUUGCUGGAUGUGGAAUGUGAGCCAGGGGAUGCCAUUCGCUGGGCUCUGAGUGUGCCUCACCCUUUCUCCAUCCCGCUCAAGCUCCAGGAUGACCUUCUACGAUCGAUCGACCAAGUCUGUAAGGAUCCGGAAGCGCUGUGUCGGUGGCGUCUGCGGCAGCUCCAACAUUGGCACGAUCGAGCCGUACAUCUCUUGCCUGCCACUGAUGCGCUCCUGACUCAGAUCCAGGACAGACACCUUCGGCGCCUUCUUCGAGGAGUACCAGACGGUCAAGCCGCCCAGCUCGGGGUCACCACGCACAUCGAGCUCUACAAGGAGAUGCUGCAGGCGGCGCAGUGCCCCGACGGCUCCAUUGUCGAGGACAUGCUGCACGGCUUCCGCAUCGUGGGGAAGAUCAGGCCUUCCGGUCGGUGGCCGCCCUACGAGAAGGCUCAAGAUGUUCUUUCUGUGAGCGAUGCUUUGGCUCGGGCCUGGGAAAUCCGCAGGAAGAUUGUGCGCCGAGUGGCCGCUGUUCAGCGGUCUGACAACCUUAAAGUCAUCUGGGAAGCUACGCUUGAAGAUGUGCUCGAAGGAUCUUGCUUGGGCCCGCUCGGCUCAGAACGAGAAGUCUCGGGCCUCGUUCAAGCGGACGAUUGGAUUCCCACUCAGCGCUUUGAGGUCGUUCAGAAGAACAAGGUCAGGGGCUGCGACAGCGCCACGACAAACAUGAUCAACAAGAUCACGGAGAUCUCCGAGAAGCUGCAGCUCCCCUCGACUGACUACAAUGUGGCGGUGAUCCGAGAGCUUCGCUCGAGGCUGGCCACGGGCUCUAGUCCCUCUCUUGAGGGUUGGGUCCUGGAUGAGAAGAAGGCAUAUCGCCAGAUCCCUAUUCACCCUUCGCACCGGAAGUUCAGUGUGAUUUGCCUCAAGGAUCCUGACGAUGGCAAGGUUAAGUUCUUUGUCAUGGUGGGUCACUCGUUCGGACUGGUCUCCGCCGUCUACAACUACAACCGCCGCUCGGCUGCCAUCAAUGAUAUCCUCGUGAACCUCUUCUUUUUGGUUGCCUUCAACUUCUACGACGAUAAAUACGGCUUUGAGCCCAGUCAUUCCUACGCGCUCGCGCACGACGUGGCGCAGAAAGUUCACUGGUGGCUCGGAGCGGCCUUUGAUGUGAAGAAGCUCCAGAGGUCCAAGAAGCCUGACGUGCUCGGAGUGACCUACAACCUGGAAGAGUUCAAGCUCAAGAUCCAGCAAAAGAGGAGAGCGGAGCUCAAGGAAGCGAUCGAGGACAUUCUCCAAAAAGAGUCUCUCGAUCCAGGCUCUGCGGGGAAGCUGAAAGGAAAGCUUAUGUCUGGCGCGUCCCAACUCUGGGGAAAGCGCCAAUACUCGAAGCACGCUCGUGAUGAUGGCUUUGCACUGAACCCUGCUCUGCUGCUCUCGUUGUUCCAGUGGCUCAAGCUUGUCCAAGACGGGCCUCCGCGUCCGAUCGAAGAGCAGAAGCUGAAGAAGAGCGACGCAGUCUUGUUCACAGAUGGCUUCACUCCAGAUGCUCGCAAGAACGAGAAAGGAUUGGACCGAAUCGGAGGCGUCGUCUUCGAUCGAGGACAGUGCAAACCCUAUCAGUUUACGGCGGUGGUCCCCGAGAGAGUCAAAAAGUUCUGGCUAGUGAGAAAGACUCAGAUUGUGCCGAUUGAAAUGCUUGCACCGAUC